AUGGUGCGUCCUGGACUCUCCGCCGCCGCGGAAGAGCGGCAGAGAAAGCUGCAGGAGUACCUAGCAGCCAAGGGAAAACUGAAGUGCCAAAACACCAAGCCUUACCUAAAAGCCAAGAAUAAUUGCCCAAAUCCUCCACCUUCUAAAUCUACUAUUGGACCCAAAAAGGAUGUUACCAACCAUGUUGCCUUGCCUGUCAAAACUACAAGAUCCAUCAGCAUUAAACUGCCAUCCAGACCUGCCAACAUCACCAGGUCCCAGAGGCCAAAGUUGGAGCCACCAAAACUAGGCAAAAGGCUCACUUCAGAAGGUGUUUCUUCUAACCCAAACGGUAAGCCUGCUGGCAAUAGUCAACAGCUGCAUGGAUUUGGAUCGUCCACUGCUGGAGAACAGACAAGAGAAACCAUGGGAUCACUUAAUAUACAGAAACUGAAAACUACAAAGCAGCAGGUAACAGAUCAAAGAACUGCUAAAGGUACAGACCCUGUGGACAAUACCCAUGUUGAAAAUGAAUCCCUGGGUGGCUGUCUAAAAGAGAUGAAUAAAGAGAACUUGCCCCAAGACUUACCAGACUCAGAAAGGAAGCCAAAUCCUGAAUCCUGGACCAUAAACAAGCCCCAAACUAAUCAAACCAAAAGCAGUUUGGCUCCUACUAGAGAAGUCUUGGGCAAAAGCUCAGUGAACAGUGCUGCUCUGAAAGAGAGAGUUAUUAAACCAUUUGUUGAAGAAACACAAAUCAGGGUUCCACCAGGCAAGUCUCAGAAACUCUCUAGAGGAGCAGACCUUAUUAGAGCAGGGGGAAAACCCCCCAAGGCCCUCCCUUCUCACUUUGUCCAGACACUUAAUAGGACUCAAGCCACAAAGAAAACAGUGGUUAAGGACAUAAAGUCUAUAAAGGUUAAUAGAAGUAAGUAUGAAAGACCAAAUGAAACGAAGUUACAGUCAUACACUGUUACUGAGCAGAAAGUAAAACACAGCAAACCCAGUACACACCCCAGUGUGCUUCAAGGAGGAUGUAACCACAGACAUCCAAACAUUAAGCAAGAUCUUAAACCUACUCAGGCUUGUUGUAGACCUCAGACAUCACAUGCACUGCAGAAAUCAAAAGCCAUAAGCCAACGGCCAAAUUUGACUGUUGGCAGCUUGAACUCCGUCAUUCCAAGCACCCCUAGCAUAAGAGCAAAUGGAGCCACUGGGAAUAAAUACAACAACAGCUGUCAACAAAGAGCACAGACUCUGGACUCCAAGUUCAAAAGCGCUCCUCCCCAGAACUGUUUUCUAAACAAGACAGCUCCCCGGCCUCAAGCUGGUGGCCCAACUGUAAGUGGAGGAGAAGUCCCGAAUGGGGCCCAAACUAAUCCAUGUAAGAAGAUCGCAGCAGAGGAUCGAAGGAAACAAUUAGAAGAAUGGCGGAAAUCUAAGGGGAAAAUCUAUAAACGGCCUCCUAUGGAGCUUAAAACAAAAAGAAAAAUAAUAGAGGAAAUGAAUAUUUCAUUUUGGAAGAGUAUGGAAAAAGAAGAGGAAGAAAAGAAAGCACAACUUGAACUGUCCAAUAAAAUUAACAACACUCUGACAGAAUGUCUGCAGCUCAUUGAAAGGGGUGUACUUUCUAAUGAAGUAUUUGCCAUUUUGUCCAGUAUUCCUAAGGCUGAAAAAUUUGCUAAAUUUUGGAUCUGCAAGGCAAAGUUGUUAGCAAGCAAAGGCACCUUUGAUGUUAUUGGGCUCUACGAAGAGGCCAUUAGAAGUGGGGCCACACCAAUCCAAGAGUUGCGGGAAGUUGUCCUUAAUAUUUUGCAAGACCGAAACAGAACCACAGAAGGAAUUACCUCUAACUCCUUAGUUGCUGAAACUAAUAUAACAUCAGUAGAAGAGCUGGCCAAGAAGACGGAAUCUGGGGCAUCUUGCCUUUCCCCAAAAGAGAGCGAACAGAUGUCAGUAACACCCCAAAUAACAAAGUCAGAACAGGAUGGUCAUCCCGGUAUCAAAUUACAGAUCGCCCCAAUCCCUCGGAUAAAUGGGAUGCCAGAGGUGCAGGACAUGAAGCUGAUCACACCCGUGAGGCGUUCAGCCAGGAUCGAACGAGCCGUGUCCCGCUACCCGGAAAUGCUGCAGGAACACGACCUCGUGGUGGCUUCUCUAAACGAGCUCUUAGAAGUGGAAGAGACCGAGUACUUUAUAUUCCGCAAAAAUGAGGCUUUGCCUGUAACGUUAGGGUUUCAAGUCUCUGAAUCAUAA